AUGCACCACCCAGCUGAGGUAGUGGUGUACGAAGCUGGAAGAGUACAGGGCGUAGGCCCGGUAGGUGAUGGGCUUCAUGAGUUGUGGGCACUGCGCAUUGGUGAUGUCGCAGCCAAGCAGCGUGGACAGGGUCUUGGCAUGGUCCUUGUCGUGGAUGGCGGUGGGAGGGCCGGAGCCCCGGGCGUCCUUGAUGACUUUGAGGUCGUCGGCCUCAAGAUGGUCCCAGUCGGGGCAGUUGUCAUGUGGCUGGGAGAGGGCGGAGCCCAGCGGAGACAACUGUGGAGGAAGCUUGUGAAGCUCAUUCCCGAAAUUGUGGAAGAACGAGACAAGCUCCCCGGUGGUGCGCGGCGUCCGCCUGGUGAGGCAGGUGAGGUACGAGGACAAUGUCAGCAGGGGAUCAUCGCCGCCGCAGGUGGGAGAGAGGAUGGUGAGAAGGACGUUGCCAGUUUCGUGAGUUGCAGGCAAAUCUUCCUUUGUGAAUCCCAUGUUGACACGGCUCUUGCGGCAGAUAUCGCGCGGGUCGAAGGGAUCUGUCUUGAACUUGGAGUCUGCGGCGUCAGUCAAAAAGGCCUGGAGUGGGGACUUGGGGACAUUAUUGCCAUAUUGACAAUCCUUCCAACCACCAUGUGA